AUGGGCCAGACGCUCUCGACCAUGACGGUGGCCUCGCCUUCGGGACCCGGAUCCGCCCAAAACGUCUUAAACCGACUUUUCCUCGCUAGUGGCCCCUUGCGAUCCGCGACAUCGUCUGCUCUCACCCGCUCGUCUGCUGUCACCGCGACUACUAAUAAUCGUCGCCCUCGACUGCCGCUCCCCCGUCUCUCCUAUUCAUCCUACUCCCCGUCGUCCCAGUCCCCGUCACCCCAUCCGUUACUGUCCAUGUCCAUGGCGUCGUCGUCUCCCUAUAGCACCGCCAGCUCUGACAUUGCCACGCCUCGCUCUCGCUCAUCAACCUCGUCAUCGCGAAGACUUACAGAUUCAAAUCCCAUGUCCUCUGUCGACCUUUCCAAGAUUGAAGAACAGAUCAAGAUGACUGCCCUCGACCAACACCGUGGCUACGUCCAAGACCACUAUGCCGAGAUCCAGCAGGACCGGCCUACCCAGUACAUCGAUGAGACGAAUGCUGCCGGUUACCAGAUUGUGCGAGAGCCUCUCUGGAACAAGGGUCUCGCCUUCACUCCCGAGGAGCGCGCCUCUAAGAACCUCACUGGUCUCUUCCCCCACACCAUGGAGAGCUUCGAGACCCAGUGCGCCCGAGCCAUGAAGAUGAUCCACACCCGCCAGACUCCCAUCGACAAGUACCUCUACCUCACCUCCAUCAAGGAGUCCAACACCGACCUCUUCUACCGCCUCCUCAUCGAUAAUAUCCGCGACCUCAUGCCCCUCGUCUACACUCCCACCAUUGGUGAUGUCUGCCUCCAGUACUCGAGCAUCUACACUCGCCCCGAGGCUCUGUACAUCUCCAUCAAGCAACGCAAGUCCAUCCGGACUAUGCUCCGAAACUGGCCCUGCCAAAACCCCGAGAUUUGCGUCGUAACAGACGGUUCUCGUAUCCUUGGUCUCGGUGACCUGGGCAUCAACGGUGUCGGUAUCUCGAUCGGCAAGCUCGCUCUUUACACCGGCGCUGCUGGUAUCCACCCCCAGAAGACCCUCCCCAUCGUCCUCGACUGCGGUACCAACAAUGAGGAGAACCUGAAGGACCCCUUCUACCUGGGUCUGCGACAGAAGCGCCCCGCCUACGAGGAGCAGCAGGCUUUCAUGGACGAGUUCAUGGAGGCUGUCCGUGACGUCUUCCCCGACAUGGUUGUGCAGUUCGAGGACUUCGAGUCUCAGAAGGCCUUUGGCUACCUCGACCGAUACCGCGACCAGUACCGUUGCUUCAACGACGAUAUCCAGGGAACUGGUGCCGUUGUCCUGGCUGGUUACAUUGGUGCCGUUGAGCAGUCCGGCGUUCCCCUGGAGGAGCAGCGCCUGGUCUUCAUGGGUGCCGGUUCCGCCGGUGUCGGUGUUGCUAAGCAGCUCGUCGAGUACUACACUCGCCGCGGCCUGAGCGAGGAGGCUGCCCGUGACAAGUUCUGGCUUGUCGACACCAAGGGUCUUGUCACCAAGGACCGUGGUGACCGCCUUGCUGAGCACAAGAAGUACUUUGCCCGUACCGACAACGACGGCCAGCAGUACCGCACUCUUCAGGACGUCAUUGAGUACGUCAAGCCCAGCGCUCUUGUUGGUCUGACUGCCACCUUCGGUGUCUUCACCGAGGACAUUGUCCGCUCCCUUAAGGCCUCCGUUGAGGCUGGUGGUCUUGGCCGCCGCCCCAUCCUCUUCCCUCUCAGCAACCCCCUCACCAAGGCUGAGUGCACCUUCGAGCAGGCCAUUGAGUGGACUGAGGGCACUGUCCUCUUCGCCUCUGGCUCUCCCUUCAGCCCCGUCAAGGCCAAGUUCGGUGACGAGUCUCACCCCACCACCUACUACCCCAACCAGGGUAACAACGUUUACGUGUUCCCCGGUAUCGGUCUCGGUGCCAUCCUGGCCAAGGCCUCUCGCGUCACUGACGAGAUGAUCUACACCUCUGCCGCUGCUCUGGCUGGUUCCCUGACUGCUGAGGAGGUCCACAAGGGUCUCAUCUACCCCCGCAUUGAGCGUGUCCGUGACGCCAGCGUCAUCGUUGCCCGUGAGGUGAUGAAGGCUGCCCGACGUGGUGGUGUCUCUGAGCUCCCUGACUCCCAGUGGGCCGAGUGGGAGGAGUGGGGUGAUGUUGCCCUCACCACCUACAUCAAGAAGCACAUCUAUGACCCCCUCUGCUUCGCUGAUGCCAAGACCCAUCUGUAG